ACCUACCGUGAACACAACAACUUGUACAUUAGCUCAAAUUAUUUCGAAAUUACCCGCAAUUUUCGAGUUUGCUUCUGUGACUUAUUUGGUUUUUUGACUUACAGAAUUUUAACGGUUAUGCAUUUUCUUGUGUCUUUUAUAUUGGCGUGUGUUAUUUUGGCUAAUAGUGCUGAAAUGUCAAGGAAAGAAGCCAGAUUCAUAACUUUUGAUACCGAUAACAAUGAUAUACAAGUGGGUCUAGAUUUUUCAAUACCAUUCAUAAAAAUACCACUGAAAAAAUUCGACGCCUUCACACAGUUUGACUUGGAAGGACUGAGUUUUCCGAAAAUCAACGUGAACCCCUCGGGAUUGGCGAUCAGUGGGUUUCUUCUGAUUGUGACGAGUCUGCUUGCUCCUAUCUUCAAUAAUGCGUUCUUGGGUUGGCUUCCUGACCGAAGGUCUAGAGAUGCUGGACUAGAUACGCAGUUCCCAAUGGAAGUGACAGAGAAAAUACUGAAGAAUAGUCGAGGAUGCCCGCAGCGCUUCGCAUGCUGGCUCAGCCAGAAAUCCAAUCGCAGCGAGUCAUUGGACACAUGGAAUGGUCUACUAAGGAACGAGCUGCUAUCACAAAUCUUCAACACCACGAGACUGGUGAGGGCGACCGCUAGAGGUCUGAAGGGUCUCAACUGCGAGGCUUACUCCCCUUGUCCCAUCAACAAUGAAGCCUUACCACAGUUGAUCUCCAGUUUUAAUAUCUUAAAAAACUCUUAGAUUAAAAUUGUUUCUACAUUUAUGUCAAAGAGCAUGUAGAAUUUGGUACAUAGGUUGUCUCGCGUUCAUAUAGCGAGCAAAACAGACAAGUAGUCAUGAUGAAAUGUACGAAAUUCUACCUGAUCCUGAUUAAUUAAUUAU